AUGCCUUCGAACACGGCUGCGUUUAUCCCCGAGGCUGGCAAGCCUCGAGAGGUCAAGCCGGCCCCUUACCCAAUUCCCGGCGAACACGAAAUGAUCGUGGAGAACCGCAGCAUCGGCCUCAAUAUGGCCGACUGGGCCAUGGGGCAGACGUUCGCCACGUCCCUCUUUCCCGACCUCAAGUUCCCCUUGAUUGGCGGCGAAGACGUUUCCGGCGACGUCGUAGCCGUCGGUUUGAGCGUCACCGGCUUCAAAGUUGGAGACCGUAUCACUGGGAGCUCCCAAUCGGCUUUCCAGAAGUAUCCUCUGGUGGCCGGCCACCUAGCUUUCGUCAUCCCCGACUCGCUCAGCUACGAGCAAGCCAGCGUCUUGCCCUUGUUCCUUUGCACGGCACUAGUUCCCCUCUUCCACAAGGAAUAUCUUGGCCUACAGCUACCCUCCCUCACGCCGAACCCGACUGGCAAGACGCUGCUUAUCUGGGGUGGCUCGACCGGUGUGGGUAGCAGUGCCAUUCAGCUAGCAGUCGCUGCCGGGUACGAAGUCAUCACGACGGCCUCGCCGAGGAACUUCGACAACGUCAAGCAGCUGGGGGCUUCGCAGGUCUUCGACUACAACAGCGGCACAAUCAACGAAGAUUUGGUCGCUGCCUUCAAGGGCAAGACCCUGGCUGGCAGCAUUGCCAUCGCCGGGUUCGCAACCGGAACUUACGGGCCUAUUUUGGACGCCUGUGCUGCUGUCGCAACCAGCACCGAGGGAAGUAACUUCGUCGCUCUCACGAUGCGCCCGCCGAAGAAUAUCCCUGCAAGCAUCGAGACCAAGUUCGUCAAUGCUUACAUGCUGUUGGACGACAAGGAGAUUGGAUACGCCAUCUUCCGGGACUAUCUGCCCAAAGCUCUGGCUGCGGGCAGUUUCACGGCAGCUCCGAAGGCUGAGGUGGUGGGCAAUGGCCUUGAGUCGAUUCAUGCAGGGCUCGAAACGCUCGCAAAGGGGGUAUCGGCCAAGAGGCUUGCCAUCACUUUGUAA